UCCAAUUCAAUUGACAACAUCGUCAAGAUUUGUGUAAAGUGCUUCAAGCCUCCUGAAAGGAUACGCCUACAUUUGGAUUACAAUACUCAUUUGUGAUUGCGCAUAUUAAAAAAUGAGAAAUUUAGCACUUUGUACGCUCGUGACUUUAAUGGUCGGCUUGGCGGCGGCAGCGCCACAGCGAGCUGAGGAGCCCAUUGCGAUUAUAAGUCAAGAAUCUAAUAUUGAGCCAGAUGGAUCAUACAACUAUGCAUAUGAAACAGCUAACGGCAUCAAAGCCGAAGAGACAGGCACAUUGAAGAAGGCCACCUCGGCGGACUCUAACGAUGUGAUUAUUGCCAGGGGCUCUGUGUCCUAUACCUCACCCGAAGGCAAUCUCAUAACGCUCAACUAUUCUGCGGACGAUGAAAAUGGUUUCCAGCCUCAGGGUGAUCAUUUGCCCACACCGCCUCCAAUUCCUCCAGCAAUUCAAAAGGCGCUCGACUAUCUGCUGAGCCUCCCACCUGCAAAGCGUCGUUAAGGCCGCAACGGUAAACAAACGAUGAUACUUAGAAAUUGACCUUGGAUAAUGAUUUUUAGACUCCACUAUUAACUC